AUGAAAAGACAAGGAAAAUAGUCAGACUCUGCAAAGCAAGAGGAACCCACUCUGAUUACUACUACCAGUGGUAGUGAGCUUGAGAUCGAGCAAAGAGUCUUACUCAAGGGUAACAUCGUAGCAGCAAGAAAUUCACUUUUUGACUUUGUGUAACUUAACUCUUGGAUCAAGAAAACUAAUUAUGAAGGCAUAUUCAAUGCGAUGCUUACUAUCUUUGUCAUGGUCAUCAUUCACAAACCAAUUGGUAACUGGGUGAAAAUGGGAAGACCUGUAGAUCCAGAAUUGAUUAACUCAAUAGUUGAGGAAUUCGGAAAUAUCAUUUAUGCAAACAUCUACUUUCUAGCAUUUUCCUUCUUUGCAUUUUUCAUUCAAAAGGCUAUCUUAAUGGGAGCUCCAGAGCAAAUCAUGAAAUAUGUUUAAUAUGGAAUAGAGGUGUUCUUUUUCGUUUCAAUCUAUUACAUAAUAAGAACCAAUCCCACAUGGCCAUUAUCUCACUUCCUGUUUCUUUCUAUUCAUGGCUAAGUGAUCUUCUAUAAGAUGCACUCUUAUUUACUAACAAAUCUUGAAUUGAGAGAAAAACAUAUUCAGCAAUAGAAAAUACUGAAGAAACCUAAGGCAGAAAAUAAAUCUGGCCUUUAACAGUACCCUGAAAAUAAGGUCUUCAUUCAGACCAAUCUACUUCCUCUGUCACACUUUAAUGGGCUUAUCAAAUAUUAGGACAUUAUUCCUUUAGUUAAAACAAAUUUAAACGUACCUGUUUUCGAGCUGUAUCUUAAACUCUAGAUGUCAAUAAUAGCGAUGAUAAUGCUUACAAUAUUCUUGUUGUUUGAAUCAAUGCCAAAUGCUGUGUCAGAGUUGACUUUAUAUGCAGAUCGGGAGUUCUAUUAGGACUGGUGGAAUUCUACAUCAGUAGAGGAAUUCUAUGGGAAAUGGUUAAGAUUUACAUAUCUAUUCUUCUAUAGACAUGUCUACAUGAAGAUACUCAUUAAAGGAAGAUUCAAUCCAAAUACAGCGAAAGCUAUAAGCAACCUUAUUAGUGGAGCAUUCUAAGAACUUAUUGUUGUAAGAAUAUAUUGA